GGCCGGUUCUACAGAUGCACGGAUGAGGCGAAACAUACGCCUGAAGAGUGCAAGGGCACGUUUGUGGUGUUCAAAGAUGGUGAUAUGAACCAUCCAAUGGUGAGGGAGAGAGUUUGGGAGAACAGCGACUUUAACUUUGACAAUGUGCUGAUGGGGAUGCUGGCGCUCUUCACCAUCUCCACGUUUGAGGGCUGGCCACAGCUCUUGUACAAAGCCAUUGAUGCUAACGCAGUGAACAGAGGACCCAUCUAUAACUACCGUGUUGAGAUUUCCAUCUUCUUCAUCAUCUACAUCAUCAUCAUCGCCUUCUUCAUGCACUAUGAGCAGUCCAAACUCUUCAACUUUGUGAUGGACAUCCUGAACAUGAUCUUCACUACGCUCUUUACGGUUGAGAGGAUCAUCAAACUUCUGGCUCUGAGACCUUAC